AGAUGCUUGCGCGAGUCUCCAGCGAUCCGGUCGCGCGGUUUUCCGGUUUUGUUUUCCAGCCUGUGAGCUGCUUUUGACACCAGUGACGGCCGGCGCUUCGUACGCUGCGGCCACAGUCAUCGCCGUCCUUUCCCGAAGAGCCCAACCCCUCAGGAAGAUUUGCUGUCGCUAGGAGAAACGGACGCAAAGGGCGGGGCGGCCCGUGCUUUCCUGAAGUCCGGUUGGCGGACGUCCAGGCUCCCAACCCCCCACUUCGCGGUCCAGGGGUCAGGCCGGGGGCGGGGCUUGGCUGGGCAGGUCCAGGAUGCGAGAUCCUGGAGGGAAGAAAGGCUGCCGGCGGGCUGCAGAGGGGUGGGGAGGGCAGGGCAAGGCAGGGCCGGGGCGGCAGUCGGCCCCCAAGUCUGAAGCGGAGAGAAGGCCCGAGACGAGACCCCCGGUGGCAGCUCUGCCCGCAGAAUGGACUUCCGAGCCCCAGGCCUGCUGGACCAGUGGCUGGAGCCCCCAGAAGAGGUCUUCUCGGCAGGGGCCUUCCUGGAGCUGGGGCCCCCCUGCCCCCAUGCAGAGGCUCCCGGGACCCCUGAGCAGGGGCUGCCAGGCAAUGGCCUUCAAGAGAGUGAGCCCGAAGAUUUUCUGAAGCUUUUCAUCGACCCCAAUGAAGUGUACUGCUCACAAGCAUCUCCUGGCAGUGACAGUGGAAUCUCGGAGGACCCUGGCCAUCCUGAUGGUCCUCGUGCCCCCAAGGCACCCAGUUCCCCUGCUGUCUGUGAGGUUGUCUUUGAGGCAGGGGUUUUGCAGAGGAUGGAAGGGCCACCUGGGCGGCUCAUCUCUGUCCACCUAGAUCAGUGGAACCCACCACUUCCAGUGCCUGAGGCUUGCAUGGUCUGCGAGCUGCCCCUUGAUGCUCACACUCACACCCUGCCCAGAGCAGGCAGUGUGAACCCAGUGCCUCCUGCCACCCUGCUGCCUUGUCAAACCGUGUUCCUUACAGAGGAGGAGAAGCGUCUGCUGGGACAGGAAGGGGUUUCCCUGCCCACUCACCUGCCCCUCACCAAGGCAGAGGAGAGGGUCCUUAAGAAGAUCAGGAGGAAGAUCCGGAACAAGCAGUCAGCUCAGGACAGUCGGCGUCGGAAGAAGGAGUACAUCGACGGGCUAGAGAGCAGGGUGGCUGCCUGUUCUGCACAGAACCAGGAACUACAGAAGAAAGUCCAGGAGCUGGAGAGGCACAACAUCUCCCUGGUAACUCAGCUCCGCCAGCUGCAGACGCUCAUUGCCCAAACGUCCAACAAAGCUGCUCAGACCAGCACCUGUGUUCUGAUCCUUCUUUUUUCUCUGGCUCUCAUCGUCCUGCCCAGUGUCAGCCCCUUACAGGGUCUCCGGGAAGCUGGUUCUGAGGAUUACCAGCCUCAUGGAGUAAUUUCUAGAAAUAUCCUGACUCAUAAGGACAUGAUAGAAAAUUUGGAGACCACGGUGGUAGAGUCCAGAUUGGAGGGGCCACCUAGGACGAAGGAUGUAAAUGGCUCAACAAGGACCCUGCUUGAGAAGAUGGGAGGGAAGACGGGCCCUGGUGGGCACAUCAGGACUGUCCUGCAUGCAGAUGAGAUGUGAGCUGGACACAUCCCAACCACAGUAAGGAGUCCAGGUUCCCCCAGGGGUCUGAAUCAUUUCAGGACACCCUUAGGGUCUGUACUCAAGGCCCAGGCUAUAUAACCAGUCAUUGCAGAUACUUUGUUAUACAUCUGCAAUUUUAUUUUUGGGGGUGGUUAGGGUUGAGGGAAAACAGAAGUUUGGGCUGAGGAAUAAACUUUUUUCCUGGAAUUA